GCACCCACUUUGGGGCCGAGGUCCCCGGGCCGGCGGCGGCAGUGGCGGCAGCCAGCGGGCCCCCUCAGCCCCCUCAAGCCAGGCCGCCUUAUGGGAGCCGAAAGCCGCACGCCCGACGAGACGAAGAGGUGGCUGCCCGAGCCUAUUCCAGCAACGCUGCGGCUCCCGGGGCGGACAAUAAGAGCUUUCUGUGGGCGCGCUACGGGGAGAUGAAGCGGCUGGUGCAGGAUUUGCUCCCACCAGGGGUCUGCAAUCUUUUGAACCCUUCCACCAUCUACGCCAACAAUGAAAUUUCGCUGAACACUAUUGGAGUCUAUGGCUUUGACUAUGACUAUACACUGGCACUGUACUCACCUGCCCUCCACUCCCAGAUCUACAACACUGCUCGGGAAAUCCUUGUGGAGCAAUAUAAGUAUCCAAAGGGCAUCUUGAAGUAUGAAUAUUGGCCGAACUUUGCCAUUAGAGGAUUACAUUAUGACAUUGCCAAGGGAUUGCUCAUGAAAAUAGAUGCCUUUCACUACAUCCAGCUAGGCACAGUAUACCGGGGCUUGAAACCUGUUCCAGAUGAUGAGGUGCUUGAGAUGUAUGAUGGGACCCAUCACAUCCCCCUGCAUCAGGCCAGUGGUUUCUAUGGAAAGGGCCCAGCCAUAAAACAGUUCAUGGACAUCUUCUCCUUGCCUGAAAUGACUCUCCUGGCUGUAGCCAAUGACUUCUUCAUCAGCAACGACAUUGAUUAUGACCCCAUCCAUCUUUACAAAGACGUUACGGACGCCAUCCGCGAUGUCCAUAUAAAAGGCUUUAUGUACAAGUGGAUUAUGCAGGAUCUGGAAAAGUACAUUUUGCGUGGGGAUGAAACCUACGCUGUGUUGCACCGCCUGGCCAAAAGUGGCAAGAAGCUCUUCCUCAUCACCAACAGCCCUUUCAGCUUUGUUGACAAAGGGAUGCGGUACAUGGUGGGCAAAGACUGGAGGGAUUUCUUUGAUGUGGUCAUCGUCCAAGCAGACAAACCUCAUUUCUUCAAUGAUUGUGUCAAACCUUUCCGGCGACUAGACAGUAAUGGAGACCUGCAGUGGGACAAAAUAAAUAAGCUAGAAAAAGGGCAAGUGUACAAACAGGGUAAUCUCUUCGACUUCCUGCGUCUCACAGGCUGGCGAGGAUCCAAAGUUCUCUAUUUUGGUGACCAUCUUUACAGUGACUUGGCGGACUUGAUGCUGCGACAUGGCUGGCGGACGGGGGCCAUAGUGCCUGAACUGGAAACAGAGACAAAAAUGGUUAACACGGAGCAGUACUCACAAGCACUCACCUGGCUGCAGGCCUUGACUGGGCUGUUGGAACGCAUGCAGAUGUUCCAUGACCCAGAAUCCCAGAAGGUGCUACAGGACUGGAUGAAAGAACGACAGGAGCUCAGGGCACUCACCAAGAACCUCUUCAAUCCUCAGUUUGGCAGCAUCUUUCGCACCUGCCACAACCCUACAUAUUUCUCCCGUCGCCUCUGCCGCUUCUCAGAUGUCUACAUGGCCUCACUCAGCUGCUUGCUCAACUAUGACCUCAACUACACUUUCUACCCAAGGCGCACCCCACUGCAGCAUGAAGCUCCCCUCUGGAUGGACCAGCUCUGCACGGGUUGCAUGAAGACUCCCUUUUUGGAAGAGAUGGCACACAUCCGCUAGGGACUUUGGGGACAGGAGGAGACCUGUGGGGCUCCUACUUGCCAUUUCAUGUUAUCCAGGGCAGCGAUGGGCUGACGUCAACCUUCUAUGGUCUGUUCUCAUACCUUAAGAAUCCCCCACUGCCCUAAUUGCUAGGGGCCGGUGUCAAACUUCCUGAAGCCAAGAGUGUUCUACUAUGGCCCAUCUGGAAGAUUCACUCCUGCUUACGGACAUUAGAAGUGCCUUGAGGGUUUGGCCCAAGGUCAAAAUAUUCACAGCAUUGUAUCAAAUAAAUAAAUAAAAUCCCGGCUGGAGAAAGUGAUCAAGGGCCUCCUGCAAAACUGGCCAGGAGCCCAUUAGAGGAGUAUAUGGUUAUACCUUAUAUCCUUAUCUUCUUUGGGGGAGUUUGUUAUUUUGUCCUUUCCAUGACCACCUGGGAUUGUUUUUUUUUCUGUCUUGUUUUCAAAUGGACAUGCCUCCCUGGAACAUGCAUUCAACAGUGGCUACAGAAAGGGGCUUUGGUUUUCUCACUCCGACCCACAUAUUCCUCAGUCCUUUCUCAUGGAACUCUAUAGAUCUACAGGUGUUCUGUAGAGCCUGAAGUUUACAUUCUCCUCUGCAUUGUUGGGGGCACGUGUGUCUUUCUCUCCCCCUCCUCCUCUUGUUUGUAACUGAGUGGCAUAGAGGGUAACUCUGGGGAAGGGAGGGAUUAGAAGAGAAUAAGCCUGUCUGCCUGUGACGUGGUAGAGACAGGAGGUGCUGUUGUGGGGAGGGUAUCCUUAGUUCAUAAGUAGAGUUUUGUAAUUUUAAUAAAAGAGCAACGUGAAACAUA